AUGAAAAAAGAGUUAGAACAAGGUUUAAGUCUAAUUGCUAUUGAAGAUAAUGAUAAAAUAGUAGCAGCAGCAAUAAAUUAUGAACUUAAUUCAUCAAUAGAACGAGCUGUCGAUGAAGAUUAUCAAAAAACUGGAAUUGCACGAAAAAUGGCCAAACGAUCUAUGCUUUUAGCAAAAAAACGUGGACAUAAAUUAAUCACAGCUGAUGUAACCAGCAAAUAUAUGGCAAAAAUUAUGGAAAAAUUAGGAUUUACAGCUAUUAAAAUUAAUUCGAAAUUUGAAAUUCGUAUUGCUGAUUUUUCUGAUAAUGAAAAUAUAUUAAAAUUUAUGAAAAGAACAUACUUGAAAACUGAGCCGUGUCUUGUAAGUUGUGGUUUGUCACUAAAAGAGCCAUCUCCUUUUAUGAUUGAUAUUAUGAAAAAACAAUUGGAACAAGGUUUAAGCCUAAUUGUUAUUGGAGAAAAUGAUGAAACAAUAGCAUCAUUAAUAAAUUAUGAAUUUAAUUCAUCAACAGAACUUGAGUAUUAUUCAAAUUUAUCAAAACUUGCUGAUGAUAAAAUUGUUAAAGAUUUGAUUGACUUUGAAGCUUACAUAGCUACAUUAUCAGAUGUUUGUCAAAAUUAUAAUGUUGACAAAUUUUUUACAAUAUCAAUAAUAGCUGUAGAUGAAGCUUAUCAACAAAUUGGAAUUGCACGAAAAAUGAUUGAGCGUUCUAUAAUUUUAGCAAAACAACGUGGAUAUAAAAUUAUUAGAGCUGAUAUUAGCAGCAAAUAUACUGCAAAAAUUCUGGAAAAAUUUGGAUUUACAGCUGUUGUAUCAUUUCCAUUGAAAAAUUAUUUAAAUGAUCAAGGUGAAUUAUUAUUUAAAAAUAUUAUACCACCACAUGACACCUUUCAAAUAUUUAUUUAUCGUAUAGAUAAUUAAUUACAUGACUAAUUGACAAUUAGCAAUAUUUUAAAUUUAAAUAUUAUUAAGUAAAUUUAAAGCUAUUAUUUAUCAGUUUACUUGCUUAAAUUGAAUUCAUAAUUGUUUUAAGUUCAUUCAAUGUUAUUGUUUUAUUUUUAUUUGUUUAUUUAAUGAAUAAAAUAGUAAUUAUUAAGUAAUAGAAUAGUUUCAUGAAACUUAUAUGAGGUAUCUAAUUAAAUAAUCACAUGAUGAUGUUUAAAAUUCGAUUGACUUGGGUUUAAAAUUUAUUGAGCGAUUUUUUUUUUAAAUAUUUUAUUAAUCAACCAGCUUUGACUAUAGUUUAUUCAUACAGAUAAUAAAAAUUUUAAGAUCAUCGCUGAUAAUAUUUUAAAAUUAAAACAAUAAAAAUAUUAAUAAUUGUUAUUGUUGUUUUUGUUGUUUACUUCAUUUACAAUAAUUUUACUUUUAUUUUAUUUUUUAUAAAUUAUUUUUAAUUUAUAAUAUUUGUAUAGCUAUGUUUGAGCACAAUAUAUUUAUAUUUAUAUUUUAAUUUUAUAAAAGUAAUGUGACAAACAAUUAUUGAAUUCAGUUUGUUUCUUAAAACUAAUCAUUAGAAAAUUAUUAUUUAUGAAAGGAGGAAAAGACGCACGUUUUAUAGAUAUGACUGUCGAGUGAUUAAAAUUUAUCGAAAUGAUAGUGAUAUAUAUUUUUCAAACGACGACUAUUAAAAUAUGUAAACAGUGUAUUUUAUUUUCAUUGUUGAAUUUUUGAAUUUUUUUUUCAUUAUCUGAAUAAAUUAAAGAAUAAAUAUUCAAUAAAAA